CAGAAACCGUGGCCUUGAAAGAAUGCCUACAGCGACCGAGUUCGUUACUUCGGCCGCACCAACCUACAGUUUGUUUCUCUCCCGCUCUCUAAAUUUGGCCAUCUCCAUCUGCAUCCCCAGCACUUCUGCCUGUGUUCAUCGAGAAGAGAAACAGCCUGCACAUCUCCCCGACACCAUUAUUCACCUCUCUCCUUCUAUCUUUUUCCACACGCCCUUUUCCUGUCGAUCGGCACUGCAAGAAGCCCAUCGAUCGUCUCUUAUCUCUUUCCAUUCCUCUUCAUCUUCCGUUCAGGGAUUUCUGGCCUUUUUAGUUUUAUUUGGUAGGACGUCGAUGUCGCAGCGCUAGAAUAUGGAGAUUUUAGUGACUCGGCUAUAGCAGACAGUGAUUCAAUUUGUACAAUCAUAGAAUCCACCUUGCUUGGAGCCAUCAGUUAUGGAGGCGACCAAUGAAGCUGGCAAGCAUCCAAAUGGUCUAGAAGAUGAAGGUGUGAAAGAAGAUGCAAUCUCGAAACCAACAGAAGAUGCUAGAAUGGCUACUACAUCCUCGUCUUCCUUCUGUUCUUCAGCUGAUGGAGAUGAUUUCUUUCAACUUGAAACAAGCACGCUGGAAGAAGCUGCGACAAGCUUAGGCGGUGAAAGAAUAGAAUGUAUGGAGAGUUGCAGAGUUGAAACUGACAAAAUAGAGGUGAAGACUCUGAAGCAGAGCAGAGAAGAUGAAGAUGAGCUUUCUGCACCAACUCAAACCGAGGAUCGUCCGAAUGAAAAGCCAUGCAUAUCAGGCAGCAUCUCUUCUGAUUUUUCAGUUGGCGGCAAUUCAGAUGACAGAACUUCUGCAAAAUCCAUGAGUGACUGCAGCCGAGAAUUCGUGAUUGAUGAGAAUAUUGAUGUUAACGCCGACAUGACGUUCAAGUCAAACCACUCGGCACUGGAUUACAGCCAUGUUUCUCAGUCAGAAAAUUAUAGCACCUACUUGGGAUUUGCAAAGCAAUCGCUUGCGAGCUAUGGCAAUGAAAAACCAGAUGCUUACGACCCUAUGAGAAUCCCUGCGUCUAUCUUCUCCAAGCCCCAGAGUACCAUGGAGUGGAGUGUGGCUUCAAAUGACUCGUCAUACAACGUUCAGGGAAAACGUGUUGAUGCACAGCAGAAACCGCCUGUUAUUCUGGCUAUUCCUCGUGCUAAUAGCAUGCCACGCCACUCUGAUGCCAGCGUCCGUUCCUUUGCAUUUCCAAUUUUGACAGCAGAUGGACAUAAUGCGUCUCGCAAGGUGGAAGAAGAAAGCCAGGCUGUUCCCCAAGUGGAUCAGGAGAAGCCAGGAUUGCCUCCUCGUGCAUGGUUCUCCUGCCUAUUCUGUUGCUGACAUCAUGGGAUAAUAUGCGCGCAAGCUUUCCUCAGGUGUGCCAAGCAUUGCAGAUGGAUACCCUGAAUCCAUUGACCCAUAUUUAAGGCCACUAGAGUCCACACCUGCUUCCUUUUUGUCUCUGCCGAUCAGCCUGUUUCUGCUACAUGUCUCAGUUGCGUCUGUAAGUAUUCUUGAAGGGGUCGGUAGAUGUCUAAAGUGCAAUAUGCUUUGAACGUUGAGAGAGUGUGCAGGUGGUCGUUGUUGAAGUGGACUGCGUGAGCGGUGGCAACUGGUUGCCGCUGCUGCUUGUUUUCCUGCUGUCCUCUUUCUCUCUUGUUGAUUCUGUAAAUUGUAUUGUAAAAAAUUCUACUGGUAGUGAUUUUCGAAGUUCUAGUUCAGCAUCGAGUUUUCGUUUUGGGAGCAAGGAUCAGGGAAAAUGAUAAAAUGUUGGAAAAUAACAUAGCAUAACAUUCUAAACUGGUAUCUGGUGAGUGACGUCACGAAACUGUCAAUUAUUUCAGCAAGAGAGGGGGUGGUUUUAUGUGGUCUUUGAAGUCUGUAGGAUAUCAAGUGCUCUUCAUGUUAUGCAGAAGCAUGAAUGUUCAUGGAAUGGUUUGGCCUUUGGGAGUGCUGACUUUUAGACAGAGAUCUAGUUUAGGUAUUUUAAAAUUAGGUAAAUAUUGGGGGCUGUUUGGCGAUUAGCACAGUUUGUCACUGUUUCAUUAAUCUGCUCCAAGACUGUAUUAUUGUAACAAGUUACUUACUUUGACAGUAUUUUAUGAAUCUGCCCUAAUCUUUGGGGUAUGUCUAUAGAAUAAUAACAAACUAUUACUAUUGCCAAACACCCUUACUCAAAAUGAAAAACACUUAAAUAACAUUUUUUUUGUCAAGUCAGAAUCGGAUCCACUGCAGCCAAAAUUUCCAAACUCCUUGUACCAAAUUUGCGGGUCUGCAACCUAGUAUCAAUCUACCAUUUGCAUAUGUAUGUUUCACAUGUUUUGUGUUAUGACUUCUGAAAUAACUUUAAAAUUAUGAACUUGAAUUUGGCAAAUAGAAAUUUAUGGAAGUUUCUCAUAUCUGCUUAUCUGUGGUAGUUG